AUGACCUCUGCAUACACCACGUUAUGGAAGCCAGGCGCUUCUCAAAAGCUCUUCAUAUUCGGAGUUUCAACGAACAGCUACCUCACUCUUCGUGAAUUCGACACAUCCAUUCCCAACAACACUCAGUUAGGCCCUGCUACCGAUCCCACCUCGGUGCCCAGUACGGGUCUGAUCAUCCCAGACACAAGCAUUGCAGCUAUCAGCUACGGUGGACUUACCCGGGUGUUUGGCUUCAUCGCCACUAAAGCAAGUGAUGGUACCCAACAGACUUCGCUCUAUCAGCUCAGCCCAGUAUGGCAAGCUGUCAAAGCGGGUACGUCUAAGACGAAGAGUACAGCUGCCGUAGCUGGGAAGAUGACUGAUGGUGAAGUUGGCUAUGUGUAUUACAUUGAAGUGGUUGGGAAGGUCAUUGAACAAUCAUUGACGUGGAAGAACCCUUACAUCGUGCAAAACCAACAACUGCACAAAGCCACCUAUUUGGCCGCUUGCCUGACCGAAAAGGGCGGCAGGUUCAUUGCCUACCAACUGGAUACUAAAUACAUCGAGGUGUACGACGUAUCAGGAAAGCAUCCAUGUGGCCAGCUCGUGGGUACCGGCAACGCUAAAGAGUCGACUCCCUUGGCAAUUGUCUCUUAUUCUAAAGUCGGAGAGAACAAGUCAUACAUCAACGUCUACUGGCAGCAGACGGGCACGGACAAACUUUGGCGCUCGCAGAGCGAGGACAAUGGAAGCAACUGGACUGACAAGAUUCUUAGCAAUGCUGAUUCGCCUGAUGGAUCAUCUAUCAGUGCCAUCUUCGAUGGAGUUGCUCAAAAGGUUGUUCUAACCUAUCUCUAUUCUGCACAGGACAUUAAAUGCUGGGAUGACGAGGUUGUCUGA